CGAUUUUAAUGCAAAUAAUUACGAUUUAAUUAAAAAUAAUCAUAGAUUUGUCUUAUUAACUUAUAAAAAUAUUACUAAGUGCCUUUGAAAUCCUCAAUAUCCCUUUCACCGUUGAAAAAGUUAGGAUUGUUUCUAUGGAAGUAUAGAAAUGUCCAAGGGAAUUCAAGCGAAAAUCAACAUGGGAUUAUUUGAGGGGUGUUGUGACAGGAUCGUCAUUGUGCAAGGUCGAAUUGUUGUCGAAUACUGAGUUCCCGAAAUUUUCUUAUCAGUUUUACAAAUUUCUACGACCCGGGCACACGGCUUCCAGUAGAGGUCACGCAGAAUUUUCAUUUAAUAUUAACCAAAAGCACUAAACAACCUCAAAAAUGACUACAUACUUCAACUACCCAUCCCAAGAGGUUCAGGAUGAACUUAGGAGAAUUGCCCAGGCUAUUGUGGCUCCUGGCAAGGGAAUCCUGGCCGCUGAUGAAUCAGUUGGAACUAUGGGAAAACGCUUAGCUGAUAUUGGUCAAGAGAAUACCGAUGAUGCUCGUCGUCAGUAUCGUCAGUUGCUUUUUACCGCUGACGACAAGGUGUCUGAGAAUAUCUCUGGUGUGAUUCUCUUCCAUGAGACUCUCUACCAGAAAGCUGACGAUGGUACUCCAUUCGUGGAGUUGCUAAAGCGCAAAGGAAUCAUUCCUGGCAUCAAAGUGGACAAGGGUGUCGUUGACUUGUACGGUUCCGAAGGCGAAUGCACAACUCAAGGUCUUGAUGAUUUGGGUGCCCGCUGUGCACAAUAUAAGAAGGAUGGUUGUGACUUUGCCAAAUGGCGCUGUGUCCUGAAAAUUGGCAAAAACACACCAAGCUACCAAGCUAUUCUGGAGAAUGCUAAUGUUUUGGCACGAUAUGCCUCCAUUUGCCAAUCUCAGCGCAUUGUACCAAUUGUGGAGCCGGAAAUUCUGCCCGAUGGCGAUCAUGAUCUGGACAGGUGCCAGAAAGUGACCGAGACCGUACUGGCGGCCGUCUACAAGGCCCUCAAUGACCAUCACGUGUACCUCGAGGGGACAUUGCUCAAGCCCAACAUGGUCACUGCUGGCCAGAGCUGCCCCCGCAAGUACACACCCCAGGAGGUGGCUCUGGCCACUGUCACGGCUCUCAGGCGCACUGUACCGGCCGCAGUACCCGGUGUCACCUUCCUCUCUGGCGGCCAAUCCGAAGAGGAGGCUUCUGUGAACUUGUGUGCCAUCAAUCAAGUGCAACUUCUGCGGCCGUGGGCUCUCACAUUCUCCUACGGACGUGCUCUGCAGGCAUCUGUAUUGCGUGCUUGGGGAGGCAAGAAGGAAAAUGUCGCUGCUGGUCAAAACGAGCUCAUCAAACGCGCCAAGGCAAAUGGAUUGGCUUGUCAGGGAAAAUAUGAAGCCGGUUCAAUUCCCUCUUUUGCGGCUACAACUAGUCUGUUCGUUAAAUCUCACGCCUAUUGAACAAAGACAAAAAUAGAAAGACACAUGAGAUGAGGAGAGACAGAAAAUUCUGGAUCUUUAAGGCUGUAUUGGAGACCAAAAUUGGAUGAUUGGAUGGAUGACAAAAUUUUAUACACUUCUUUAAAGUUUGAGGAUAAAACACAAAACAAAAAUCUUUGGAACAAUCUUCGAAAUUUUGAAUACACAACACAACACUUUUCUACGAAGGAAAAUGACACAGAAAAUAUUCCAUUGACGUCUUCAUGCUGUUUGCUGUAGUUAAUAUUUUAGCAUUGUGCUUUAACUAUUUUUUUACAACGUAUUUUUCCUUAUUGCACGUAAAUUAGAUGUUGUUUUGCUACUUAGAACCAUGUAUUAAUCAAAAGUUUGAAAUAUCCAAUUGGUUUCAAAUACACAAAAUUUUUCUACCA